AUGCCUGACUGGCGCAAUCAGUACCUCGCGAACCUGCACGAGGCAGAGCGCAACAACCCCGUGAACAAGGACCUCGUCUCUGCCUGCUCCCAACUCGCCGACCGCGUGGCGGCUCUCGAGGCCGAGAAGGCCGUCCUGCUACGAUCAGCGAGCUCGUCCGCGCCGUCCAAGACGGCCCCGGCCUCCGGCGGCCGGGACGCGUCGGCGAACUCAGACCCAGCCACAGCCACCGACACGGACGCGGUCGCGCAGCUGCGGCUGGACCUGGCCGAGGCGCUGCGGUCGCGGGGCCAGCUGCAGGCCAAGUUCAAGACGGCCGAGGCGGAGCUGCAGAAGCUGCGGGCCAAGGGCCAGACGGACGACAAGCGGGUGCGGGAGCUGGCGGCGGAGCGCAGCGCGCUGGCGACGCGGCUGCGGGACCGUAGCGAGGAGCUGGUGGAGAAGAACCGGCUGCUCAAGGACGUGCAGGACGAGAACCUGACGCUCAACAUCCACCUGGACGCGGCCGAGCGCAACAUGCAGAAGGUCAAGGACGAGAACAAGAUGCUGGUCGACCGCUGGAUGCAGCGCAUGGGCGAGGAGGCCGACGCCAUGAACCUCGCCAACGAGCCGGCGACGCGCACGAAUGGGAAGAAGCGGUGA